UAAUGAGCAAAGAACUGUUACUGCGGAUUGGUAUACCACCAUUUGUUUGCCAAAACCCAAAAAAUAAGGCAGUAUUUAACACAUAGUCCCGAUCUAAGUCCUAACGAUUUCUUUACUUUCCCGAAAAUUAAAAACAGACUGCGUGCUCAAAGGUUCCAGUCACCAGAAGAAGCAGUUGACGCAUUCAAAAAU